AUGUCCACCGUGUCCUCCUGCUCUGAGGUGAGAAUGUCCACCGUGUCCUCCUGCUCUGAGGUGAGAAUGUCCACCGUGUCCUCCUGCUCUGAGGUGAGAAUGUCCACCGUGUCCUCCUGCUCUGAGGUGAGAAUGUCCACCGUGUCCUCCUGCUCUGAGGUGAGAAUGUCCACCGUGUCCUCCUGCUCUGAGGUGAGAAUGUCCACCGUGUCCUCCUGCUCUGAGGUGAGAAUGUCCACCGUGUCCUCCUGCUCUGAGGUGAGAAUGUCCACCGUGUCCUCCUGCUCUGAGGUGAGAAUGUCCACCGUGUCCUCCUGCUCUGAGGUGAGAAUGUCCACCGUGUCCUCCUGCUCUGAGGUGAGAAUGUCCACCGUGUCCUCCUGCUCUGAGGUGAGAAUGUCCACCGUGUCCUCCUGCUCUGAGGUGAGAAUGUCCACCGUGUCCUCCUGCUCUGAGGUGAGAAUGUCCACCGUGUCCUCCUGCUCUGAGGUGAGAAUGUCCACCGUGUCCUCCUGCUCUGAGGUGAGAAUGUCCACCGUGUCCUCCUGCUCUGAGGUGAGAAUGUCCACCGUGUCCUCCUGCUCUGAGGUGAGAAUGUCCACCGUGUCCUCCUGCUCUGAGGUGAGAAUGUCCACCGUGUCCUCCUGCUCUGAGGUGAGAAUGUCCACCGUGUCCUCCUGCUCUGAGGUGAGAAUGUCCACCGUGUCCUCCUGCUCUGAGAUAGCAUCAGAAUAUUCCUAUUCCAAGGACAUCAGUCCUUCCCCUCACUCGUCCUUCGCCUCUGAGGAUACACCCUACGCCUCCCAAGAUACGCGCCCACACAAAAAGAACUCCGACUCCACGACAGGAUCCUACCACACAGCCCGCGGUAGGAGUCCUACAGAUUCCUACUUCAGCGCCCGUGACUCGGGCGGGACCCACGACGUGGUGUUCGAUCCUUCCCACAACUCGUACAUCCCGCGGGAUCCCGACUGUCCCAUCCACUCCCAUAAGCCUGGGUCCCAUAAGCCUGGGCCCCCUGUGCGUUCUCACUCCCACAGGGAGCCUCUGACUCGUGCAGGUUCUCAUAGGGAGUCCCCGGCUCGGUCCAUUUCGCUGUGGGAACCGCCUGCUCGGUCCACAAGGCUUAAAGAUUCGCCGACUAGAGCCAUUACUCUAAGAGAGUCUCCGACUCGGUCCAGUACUCUUAGGGAGCCACAUAGUCGGUCCAAUCCCUAUUUUGAGUACUUAAGUCGGCCCAGUCCCCAUAGAGGGUCCCCAUCUCUGCCGGUUACGGAGGCGAGCCCCGAGGGGAGCCCGCGUUUUAAACGCUCGUCCUCAGUCCGAUCCAAUCCCCCACGGUCUUCCCCAAUCCGUUUCACGGCGGCCAAAGCCCCGCCGCUUCUGAGGGCCAUGUCUUCCCCCGCAACCCGCGUGUCCCCCAUUUCCCCACAACCCCGCAGCCUUCCUUUCAAUCUGGAAGCUCCCAUAAACCAUAAUGGGGCUAGCGACCUCCCCCUCGGCUACUCCCCACCCACACGCAGCGCCAGCCUUCGAGGAACUUGUGGGGAGUUUUCAGUAGAAAGUCCCCACGCGCGCCUGCAAUGUGGAACAGCUCCUGCUAUGAGGAAUUCACUUGGGGACUUGGGACCUGUUCACCCGUCACGGUUUCUGGCCGCUGAACCCCGGUCCUCAAACUGCUCCAUCUGCCACCAAGUGCUCAACAACCCCAAGACGUUGCCGUGCGGCCACAGCUUCUGCUUGUCGUGUUUGGUGACCACGACUCCCACGGCGGCGCUCGCCCUCACCUGCCCCGCCUGCCGCUGCCAGAGCAUCCUGCCCAGAGCUGGGUACACCGUUUACUGCCAGUACACCGUUUACUGCCAGUACACCAUUUACUGCCAGUACACCGUUUACUGCCAGUACACCGUUUACUGCCAGUACACCGUUUACUGCCAGUACACCAUUUACUACCAUCUCUCUUAUCUUGCAGGGAUGGCUGAGCAGAUUAACUGCCGUGACGCUGACACCGCGGCGGGCGGCUCGGACGAGCAGCUGCCGGCGAUGCACAGCAGCAUCGCAGAGCUACACGCAGCCUGUGCGCAGCUGCAGCAGAACCGUGCAGCUGCUGAGCAGCAGAUCAGAGCAGCGUUUGCAGAGCUGGCAGCUGCUGCAGAGCAGCGGCAGCAGCAGCUGCUGCAGACGCUGCACCACAAACACGAUCACAAGCACAGAGUCCUUGAAACGCAGCUGCAGGAACUGCAGAGCGGCGUAAAGCUGCUGCAGGCGGGGGAUCUUCCUGCUGCACCACGAGAGAACACGCUGCUCAGGUGUGUGGUGUGUGGUGUGAUGGUGUGUGGUGGUCGAGUGAUGGUGGGGCGACGUGCCCACAUCACCGUCAUCACCCGCGACUUCAAAGGGGAGCGCGUGGGGGUGGGCGGGGCUGAAUUGACCGCACGUUUAUCACCCUUCACCCCCACCCCCUCUGUGUCCCCUUGCUCUUCUAAAACCUCCAACCCCAACCUCAUCCUCGCCAAAACCUCACCUAUUGGGGUUACUUCCCCCGAUGUCAACACCCCUAAUGGCAACACAUGCAUGAAUGGCAACACUGCGGAAGGAGACAAGUCAACAGCUGGCAACCCACAUGGCAAUGAGAUGUCCAUGCAUUGUGCCACAUUAGGUGCUGAAACUUCUGUCGAUGGUACCACAUUAAAUGAUGAAAACCAUGUUGGAGACGAUAUAUUAAAUGGUGAAAAUCAUAAUAAUGUUACCAGUCCUAGUGGUGAAACUCUUAUUGAUGACCUCACACAUAAUGGUGAACAGGCUGGGACUGAAUUCUGCGCUACAAGUGAUAGCAGUGUUGCCAAUCUCACCACCGAUAUCAGUGUUGCUAACCACGCCAACGAUGAUAGCAGUGUUGCCAACCCCCUUUAUAAUGAUAACAGUGUUGCAAACCCCCCAACCGAUGAUAAUAGUGUUGCCAAUCGCGUUAACGAUGAUGUCAGUGUUGCUAACCACACCACCGACGAUGCCAGUGUUGCCAAACUCCUGUCAAAUGUUCCUCCAGCGAUCAGCGAUAACUCUGUAUCGCGGGACGUUAACCGCUACAGCCACCCUAGCGUGCGACGGUCGAUAACCGACGAAGGCUCGACGAUGACCGACUCCCAUGUCAGGGAUUCGACCCGACGGUCGAUAACUGACGAAAAGACGAUGUCAGACUGGGCCGUGAAGAUAAGUGACCACCACAACGGCGUGUACGACGUCGAGUACGUCGUGUACCGUGCAGGCAGAUACGUGCUCGAGCUACGUCUCUACGGCACCCAUAUCGACCAGAGCCCGUACACGGUAACUGCCGUGCCUCCGCCUACCGUGCAUUCAGGGUCAUCGUGCUCCGUGCACGGCAGCGACCACAGCGACGGUCAUGGUCGUACACGACAGUCAGCGCGCUUCUCGACCGCGUCCCGCACGACGCCCUCGCUGCGGUCGUCGGGAGGCUCGCGUCUCACGAUGCCCUUAGAAGACGACCUCAUCUUCAAGGUCGGCAUCAAGGGCCGCAAUAAGGGAGAGUUCGUCAAUCCCCAAGGCGUGAGUUACUCCGCCCUGCGCGGAGGUCGCCUCAUCGUCACAGACUCCAUGAGUCAGUGCGUGCAGGUGUUCAGCAGCAGCGGUCAGUUCAUCACCAGGUUCGGCACGCGGGGGCGGGGCGUGGGGCAGCUGCAGCGCCCUACGGGGGUCACGACGCUGGGCGACGGGCGCUACGCGGUUGCCGACUACGACAACAAAGUCGUGAGCGUCUUCGACCCCAGCGGCAAAUUUGUGCACAGACUCGGACAUGGCAAGCUGCUCGGCCCGAAGGGCGUGUGCAGCGACCAGCACGGUAACAUCGUUGUGGUUGACAACAAAGCGUCGUGUGUGUGUGUCUUCACCCCCGGCGGGCGACUCGUGACGCGCUUCGGCAGCCGUGGCACCAACUGCCUACAGUUCGCCGGACCACACUUCGUGGCGGUCAACAGCCACAACCACAUUGUGGCGACAGACUUCCACAACCACUGCGUUAAGGUGUUUGACAGCGACGGCCAGUUUGUGCUCGCGUUCGGUAGUCACGGGGAAGGCAACGGGCAGUUUAACGCUCCCACGGGCGUCGCGGUUGACGCCCACGACAACAUCAUCGUCGCGGACUGGGGCAACUGCCGUAUCCAGGUGUUUGACAGCGGCGGGUCGUUCCUGUCGUACAUCAACACGCUGGCUGAUCCUCUGCAUGGCCCCCAGGGGCUUGCCUACACCCCUGAUGGCCACGUCGUCGUCGCUGACAGCGGCAACCACUGCCUCAAAGUAUACCGCUACCUGCAGUAGGGGCUGGGAGAGGUGCUUCAGGAUGGACUAAUGAUGGACUGAUAGAAGUUGCUGCAGUAGAGGCUUCAAGACACCACCAUUUAGACGCGCGAGGAACGGCUAAUGAAAGCCGGCUUGAGGAAGAGAAGGAAGGGCAAGAGGAAGGUAGGACAACGCCAGGGGAAGGACGGGCAGAGGAAAAUCCUAGAUAAUUGUAGGGAGUCUCUGCACGCGAUGGAGCAGUUCCGGUCCCAAAAUGAAGGAUGCAAUGAUGUCAACCACCGUAACUAUGACGUAGGCAAUGCAAUGUAUUAUUUAGCCUCAGGGGUUUCGGCAGGAGGACAUCCAUAACCAUGUCAGCCAUAACCACCAUGUCGACUAUACCUACAAGACAAGGCACAUGGCGGCUUGUUGCUGCUGCACGUGAUGACAGAAAUAACAGGUCUGAGAAUAUUAACAUGUUGAUUAUAUAUAACUAUAUAACAUUUCACGCAUAGCUGAAACCUCGCAGAUUUACCAAUUUAGCAAUCAAUACGCAUCUUUUUGAUCGCUUACAGUAACUCACCUAACGUUACGGUCAUGAUCACUCAUGUAACAUGUCUCGCGUACACGACUUUGCAUGCCUUAAAUAGCCAUGUACGUGUACCUCCACGUACACGAUAUACAUGUAAGUUAUGUAUCUAUUAUAAACUGUGAACGCAAA